GAAAAUUGGAGAAAGUCGAGAAGAAGCCCAGGCAGAGCGCCAUCGUUGUCAUUCAAUCACCAUGAUCGCCACACGAGGGAGUCCUGACCUCUUUGAGUGGAGUGGGUAAUAAAGAUAUGUGAUUGAUUGUCUAGCCACUGAAAGUGCUCGCGCUCCCAUGCAGCCUCAACAUUGCUGUAUCUGUGAGCGUCGGUCUUUCAGUGGUGUAAGGAGCAGGCACACCUGUUACUCCUGCAGUCAGGAAAAAGGCAUUCAGAUCGUUCUGCUCAAUGUCAGGUUCUUGGUUUGCAGUCAGCCACGGAGGGGAAUCGUCAUCGCCGAAGAAAUCAUUGUGGUCAGCCAUGGAGCAAAACGAUGAGAUACUCUCUUCGAAACAAAGAACUGAAUCAGCUAUUCAGCGUCCAGAAUUACAGGUCAAUUCCGACGGCAGAUUUAUAAACACUCAACAGUUUUUCCCUGAAAGUGAGGUCGCGGAAUUAAAGUGGGCUAACGCUCCAUGUAUGUCGCUACUGCCUCAUAUUUUAGAAAGCUUGUCUAGCUUUGGUGGAACUGCUUCGGUGCAUUGCGCUUUGUUUGCUGCAUAUUGAGGAUUAGGAACUCAUACACCGAUUCGUGAGCAUUCCCAAAUGUGCAACAUUUCUCUACUCACGUUGAAGAAGGUCCAAAGACCGAAGAGAAUGAGAAAGUAGCGUCAUUAUAAGCUCCAGCAUGAGGCGCAAGGGGUGAUUGUGCAGAAUAGCCGCCGGUGGUACAUGCAGACUUUAAGGUUUCUGAAUUCCAUGCAGUCAUCAGUAUUACUCAAAACGCAGAUACCGAGCCUUGACUCGUUGUACUAGAAUCAUUUAUACUGAACCCAUUCACCCUUGCAGAUCAAGUCUGGAUGAUGAGUCGACAUUGUACAAGGAGAACAUUUGUGAUAUAGCAACAUAAUUCCAGGAUGUAAUGUAAGUGUUUAUGGAGUUUUCCAACUUCGAAAGUAAUGAAAUAUGAAGGGUCUCUGA